UAACUUGUCGCUCGCUUCUAGCGUGAUGAGCUCAUCACCCCGCCCCUGGCUAGCGCGACGCCGGCGGAGGCUAGGCGGAAGUGACGCGAACGGAGUCGAGUAGAGGUGGCUCGAGCGCUCCUGGGCUACCGUCGCUGUGUCCUCCUUCUGGUCGGCGCGGCCGGGCCUGGUCGCCUUCUCCUCCUCCGGCUGCUGCUCUCGGCCGCCCCGCGCCCAGUCCUGCCAUGUCGGCGCCCGGAGGAGCCGGCGGCGAGUUCGGCAACCCGCUGCGCAAGUUCAAGCUGGUUUUCCUCGGCGAGCAGAGCGUUGGAAAGACCUCCCUGAUCACCAGGUUUAUGUAUGAUAGUUUCGAUAAUACUUAUCAGGCAACUAUUGGAAUUGAUUUCCUCUCAAAGACAAUGUAUCUAGAAGACCGCACGAUCAGGCUGCAGCUGUGGGACACAGCCGGCCAGGAGAGAUUCCGCAGCCUCAUUCCCAGCUACAUCCGGGACUCUGCUGCGGCUGUCAUUGUCUUUGACAUUACAAAUCUGAAUUCCUUUCAACAAACCUCCAAAUGGAUUGAUGACGUGCGAACAGAAAGAGGAAGUGAUGUCAUCAUCAUGCUGGUGGGGAAUAAAACUGACCUAGCAGACAAAAGGCAAAUUACUACAGAAGAAGGUGAACAGAGAGCCAAAGAACUGAGUGUGAUGUUUAUUGAGACGAGUGCAAAGACUGGAUACAAUGUGAAACAGCUUUUCCGCCGCGUGGCUGCUGCCUUGCCUGGGAUGGAUAGCACUCCUGAGAAAAGCAAAGAUGACAUGAUCGACAUCAAACUAGAGAAACCUCCGGAGCAGCCGGUAACGGAGAGCGGUUGCUCCUGUUAAAAGGCUCCCUGGUGUGGCAACCCCUUCCUGAUUGGCCUGUCCGGUCUCGCUGAAGAGCAUCACUUUUCAUUGACUAGAGCAACUUAACUUUCUGCGGGCCGAAAGCCCAGUCUGAUCCGCGACUGUUCUGUGGACAGCCCUGGCUGCCCCCUCCUACUGCAUGGUGUGACCCCUCAAACGUGUCCUGUCCCUUGUUGGUUGUUGCACUUUGGUGCAGUGGCACCCUUUACUCUGUCUCUUAUCUUGGGCGUGUGCACGCCUCGUUGUGUUGUCCUACAAAUGCAAAGGGAGUAGCUGUUCCCAGUUGAGGAAGACACUGAUAAGCCUGCGGCAGAGGAGCUCACAGGCUGGGGGUCCUCUUCCCACUCCCCUCCCCAUAACGUCUCCAGUGCGGCUGUUCUCCCCUUUCAGAGGCUGCUCCUUCUGUUUGCUUUGGCCAUGCCUGCUCUUGCAGUGGGAGGGGGUGCCCUUAGCAUCUGUUUACUUCCCUCCGUUUGGUUUUUCUCCUUUCCUGAGGGUGGAGGAAUGUAGCUCAGAAUAUCCCUACCAGACAGGAAAGAUUUCUGUUAGCAUGGGGUCCAGGAUCUUUAAAGAACACUCACCCUUUCCCCCAAAAGGAUGUUGCUGCUCAGUUAAGUUAUAUGAAUGGAGAAGAUGGGCAAUUUUAGGUUAACAGAUGUGGAGUCUUGCGUGCAGAUCCUGGUGCUUGCAUCGUGACAAACCCUGGUUCUCAGAACCUGGUGUAGGAAGUUCUUGAGUACCUUUUUGCAUAUCUCCAGUUCUCCCCUGAGUCCUCUCCUUCCCACCCUACCCCCAAAGCACUCGAUAAGACCUCUUUCUGGACAAGCUACAAAGUCCACAGUUGUUAGCUGAAUUAAACAGGGACUUUGCAGGCUGGACUUGGUCCAAUAUCGGGAGCUGCUAUUUUUGUUUAAUUUAGCCUUUUUAUUGCAUUUUUCAUAUGCAAAGUGCUCUACAGAUCUCUCCAUGCUUGCUACAACUCUGAGAAGACACAGCUCCCUAUUCCAUUUCUAGAAGGGGGGCCCCAUAGCCCUCAACCACAUCUGUGAACCUCCAUCCAAGUUCUGUUUUGUUCCGCUGGGCUGGCCUGCAGAGUUUCAAGUGAGCGUGACCAUCGCUCCUCUCAGACUAGUCCGGCAGCUGUAUAUGAAGUGAGAUGCAAGGGGUCUUCAUUUUAUUUUCCCAGAACCUCCUGUUGACCAGUUCUCAAAGUCUAGAUAGAGAAAUAUGUGUGUGUGUGUGUGUGUGUGUGUGUAUAUGUGUGUGUGUAUGUAUAUAUAUGUGUGUGUGUGUGUGUGUGUGUGUGUGUGUGUGUGUGUGUGUGUGUAUGGGGUAGUUCAGGUUUUUACUUGAUACAUAACAGAAGAAACUUUAAUUCCUGUCUGUCUGUCAAUUCUGCAUAAGAAUGACAUGUGUAGCUGUUUUCGGGGGGGGGGGACCAUAGAUGUAUCCUGAUUACCACCGAACAUGUGUUCCGAGACCUCCCCCUGCCGGUGGUUGCAGUUCAGACUGGGAGACGGGUCGAAGUCAGCAUGAACUGGGGAACCACUUGUGGUAUUUGUUGGGAAACGAUUCACUUGGUUUGAUUUCUGGCUGUGUCUGUCUGUUUGUAAAAGCCAAGCAUGGUAAGCCCUUGGCUCAUCCCUCGUACUGAAUGCCUCUGGGGUCCUCUUUGUCGCACUUGCGCAUGGGAUGGGGCCCCUCUUGGCUGGAGCUUCUUAGUAUAGUCUGUGGAUGCUUCUGUAGGCAUGGCUGUAGGACAGGGCUGCUCAACUUCAGCCCUCCUGCAGAUGUUGGCCUACAACUCCCAGAAUCCCUGGCUUAUUGGCCACUGUGGCUGGGGAUUAUGGGAGUUGUAUCCUAAAAGCAGCUGGGGGGCCUAAGUUGAGUAGGCCUACUUUAGGAGUAGGAGGCUGUUGGGUGUGGGGGCAAGAGCAGGCAACUUUUCCUACCGAUUUACUUUGUCUCACCUUGGGGUGAAGGGUGUUUCUUCGUUUCAAUGGAGUGAAGGGAGAUAUUGGUCUCUUGUGACGUCUUCCCUCCUAUUCUGAUGCCCUUGGGCCUAACCUUUGGGCAACGAAUGUGUGUAAUCUGUGCUGGAGGAAUAUUUGGGAUACAGCCUGUGGUGAGGGAAGUCUCAGAAGAGUGUGAGUGUGGAUACUGGAGUGCAGCCUUCUUGGGACUGCUGAAGGGAUUUCCUUGCUUCCGCAUUGGAUGCUGCCACUAUGUACAGGAUUUCAGGUUUUUUGUCAUCUUUAUUUUCUUCCACUGAGAUAAUGUGUUACGAUAGGCAUGGUGAGGUUUCCAUCUAGUUAUGCACAGACUUCUCUUUUAGUAGAAUAGGAUCAGAAGUGUACUUACAAGUUCUGAUCUUGGCUUGGUUGACUGCUGAACAGUGGGGUUGUUAGCUUGCUUGGUUACAAACGGUUAUGCUACACUUCACGGUGUCUUUCCUCACACACACGUCAUACACAGCCCUCAUUGCAAACUUCCUACACACUUUUUCUCCCUGCAGCAUUGACAACCAAACCAUGAUGUAUACUUCUGGGCCACAUAACCAUGCACAGUUUCCCCCAGACUCUUCUCCCCCAGACUCUUCCCGGGCCAUUCUUACUCCACACAUUAACUGAUUUUUUUUCCCCCAACUACCAUUCUCCCUGACUUCCUCCCACUCAGGGCUGCUGUUGAUAAUAUGGAGACCAACCCCUUCCUUACCAGUUAAACUCAAGUGAACACAACAGAGUCUUUCUCCUCCUAACUCACUUCAUCACAGUGGGCGGGGGGGGGGGUUGGAGUUGCUUGAAGGGAGGUCAGCAGAACAGCACCAGAAAGCUUUCUUCCUCCUUUCCCUACCUCUGGCCUAUCACCAGAAUACUUCCUUGGAACCCCUGAAAGGGGAUAGCCAUACCUCGACCUUGGAUAUGUUAACUGGACCUUUCCCCAUGAAGUGUGCUGCUUUUGUCAGGUGCACGUGGUUCUCGCCACAGGGGUGGGCCUGCAGAGGGUUUAUUCCUUCCAUUUUGUGAUGCCCUUCCUUCGCCCAGCUUAAUAGGGUUGCCACCUUCCUUUCCAGCAGAGGCUCCUGUCCCCCUUACUACACAGCGAGAAACUUAACAUGUGCAACUUCUCCCUCCAGAUGAAAACCUUUACCUGUUGAAUUCCUAAGGCAUCACUGCAACAGUGAAACACACGUAGUUCUGAAUUAGGAAGACAUUUCUUCAUUCUCGGAUUACUGUGACUUCCGCUCUUAGCUGAAAAAGCCCGAUCUUUAUGUUACACUAGGUUUCCAGAUCCGUAACCUUGUUGGUUGGUUUGCUCCACAAGUAUGAGUGGUUUCGGGGUGGUUUUUUUUGUUUGUUUUUACUAAGUUACCCUACCAGUGCAGGGAGGAUGUUGCCUUUUCCCAGGAGUUGUAGCAUUUAGAUUCAGUUCUCAUAAUCGCCAAUUCCGAAAUCUCAUACAUUUGGUAGGGUGUGGGAUUGCACUGAGCAUGCCGUCCUCUCUCUGAGGUGAAAGGAUUAUAGGGAUUUGACUGGUAAUGGAUUAUCUGCCCCAUCUAGCAUAUGAGAUUUGGGAAUCGGUGAGUGAGACUCUCUGCCAAUAAUAGGAAAGAGACAAAGGCUCGCAUUGCUUAGAAUUCUGGGUUCUCUUUGUGCCUGUUGCACCUUGAAGGAAUAGGGGACUGUAUUAGGAUUUUUAAAAAACCAAAAACCUUGCAGGUAGUUUAAGGUAUCUCACUCACCCGUGGCCACAGAAAGCCAGCCUUAAGAGAAAUGGCUACUUGUCUGGUGCUGUGGAUUUAUCUAGUAUUCUUUUCUGGAACCUUGUAAGAAUUCAGCACAGGCACCCUGUAUGCAAAGGAUGUGUCCUCUCCUCCUCAGUCGCCUCUCUGGAAGAGCUGGUAAUCCUACGAGCUUGGCCUUCACCAGUUCUGAAAGUGAAUGCCACUGCAAAGGCGUGUGUGUGCGUGCUCCCUGUUGUGUGGGAAUUGCCGAUGUCCUGUCAGUGUGUGUCUUUCUCUCUCUUUACAGUUGAAAUGGUGCCACUGAUGUCCUUUCUCACUGGCAGCCCAGUUCUGCCGCUGCUGUGGUGGUGUUCUCUCAAGACACACUGGAAACAUGUUUUUCCAGAGAAUAGGGGGGAAAUACUUAAAUGUUUGUGGGGAGGGGUGGGGCGGUCGGGCAGGCAGGGAGGAAACCCUAGUGAACAGCAUCAUUCACUUUCCUCUGCCUUCUCUGUGGAUGUGUAUAUUUUGAGUGUGUGUCUCUGGCUCUGCUGUCUCCUAGCUGUUAGCCAAGUAAGUGACUCUUAAUAUAUGAAUAUUGAUUGUCGGACUACAGCCGUGUAUCACACUAAAUAAAGUUAAUUUCACCACUGC